UUAUAUGGGGACUGGGUGCUGAUUUGGGAUUCAGACAGCUGUGAACGUCCCGUCAUAUUCACCCAAUAAGAAAAGACGGAGGCGUGUUUCAGAGGUCCGUGUGGAGAAAGUAAACCGGACCGUGUGUAAAGGUGGAUUAUAAACGGAAUUCGGAGUAAUCUGAUGCACGAGAGCUGAUCACAUUUCUGUUGUGGAAAAAACAGAUGUACCAUUUGUUUGUUUUUUUUCAGAUCGUGUGCAUUGAUGUGUUUGUAGCAUCGUUGCCGUUGGUGACGGCGCACAGUGACAGUGCAUUUCAAAAGGCACGGUGCGGUGCGCAAAGGCGAGUCCCGGAUGGAUGAAGUGUUUAUUAAGGUUCAACUGUUACUAUGAUAUAAUCCAGUGUUUCUCUGGACGCUUGCAGCGAAAAGAUGGCUUUGGACCCGAAGCAGGCGAGGCUGCUGUGCAUGCUUUGUCUAACUUUCGGCUUUUUCGUGCUGGAGGUGGUGGUGAGUCGGGUGACCGGCUCGCUGGCGAUGCUGUCCGAUUCCUUCCACAUGCUCUCGGAUGUGAUCGCGCUGCUCGUGGCGCUGCUCGCGGUGAGACUCGCGGCGCAAACGGCGGCCACGAGCCUCAACACGUUCGGCUGGAUCCGCGCUGAAGUCAUGGGCGCGCUGGUCAACGCCGUGUUCCUCACUGCGCUCUGCUUCACCAUCUUGAUGGAGGCUGUGGAGCGCUUCACCGAGCCGCAGGAGAUUGAGAAGCCGCGGGUGGUGGUGUGGGUCGGAGUGGCCGGGCUGGUUGUGAAUGUGCUGGGGCUUCUCAUGUUUCAUGGGUACGCCGGACAUGGACACUCUCACAGCACAAGUAACAAGAAGUACGAGAAACCAGAGCCAUCUGAAGGAGAGACUUACAAUCUCCUGGUGAAGACCCAGUGUCCUGGCCCAGGGGACCAUGCAGUUCAAGUUGAACACCAUGGAAAUCCCACUGAAUGCCAACGUCUCACUGCAAAAACGGAGCCUGAUUUGGAUUCAUCUGCCCACCUCAACAUGCGUGGAGUCUUCCUGCACGUGCUAGGUGAUGCCCUUGGCUCUGUUAUUGUAGUGGUUAACGCGCUCAUUUUCACAUAUGUGUGGCAGUCAUGUGACAAUCGGGAGAAAUGUGUUAACCUGUGCAUCCAUAACCCCUGUGCUGAAAAGUUGCCUGUAAAUAACCACUUGAUCCUCAGCAAUGGCACCAGUGCGUUUGUUGUAGCUGGACCAUGCUGGGUACUCUACCUGGAUCCCAUACUUUGCAUAAUCAUGGUGGGCAUUUUGCUCUAUACUACCUUCCCACUGCUGAAGGAGUCAACCCUCAUAUUGCUGCAGUCUGUGCCUAAGCAGGUUGACAUUCAAAGGCUGAACAAAAAACUUAGGAGUCUUGAGGGUGUUCUAGCAGUGCAUGAGCUGCACAUCUGGCAGCUGGCUGGGAGCCGAAUCAUUGCCACAGCACAUGUUAAGUGCCAUGACCCAGUGUCCUACAUGGACACAGCCAAACGCAUCAAAAGCUUAUUCCAUGAAGAAGGCAUCCAUGCUACUACAGUCCAGCCUGAGUUCUCAGAUAACAAAGUUCCCACUGUCUCAGAGUGUGAACUGCCAUGUUACAGUCAGUGUACCCUGAAGCUCUGCUGUGACAAGAGUUGGAAAUCAGGGUCUGAAUCAUUGCUCGUGUACACAGAUGACUCAUCAAGUCAAAAUACUCCUCAACACUCCACCGCUAGCUGGAAUAUUAGGCAAAAUCCUGAUGUUUUUCUACAGACGGAGUUAGAGUCCACAGUCUAGGUUUGGUCAGUUUAUGAGUAUGCAAUUUUACAGCAAUCAGUGAAACAGGAUCAUAUCACUUGUGUGUCAAAAAACCCCAAAUACCUUUAUUUUACUACUUCCAACUUACCAAACGUGCUUAACUAAUACUACAUACAAUACCUCUUAUACCUCUUGGUGGCAUGGAUGCUUUGUCAUGAAUAUAAAUAUUUCUAGAAAUGUUUCUUUUAAGAAUGUGUGAUUUGGAGCACUUUAUGGUAUUAAUGUUUACUUCUUCCUCAUAGUAAAACACUAUCCAUGUGCCUUAUAUAAUAUAAAUAAAAAUUAUAUAUAAUUACACCGUGCAUUAUCAUUGUAUUAUCCUUUUAUCUUUGUCAUGAGUUUUGUGUGCAGUCUGUUUUAAAAGGAUUUGAUUGUAAUGUCAGUUCUAAAAACAAAGUAACAAAGUCCUCUCCAUCAGAGUGUCUUAACUUAGUGCCUAGAUGCCAGCUCUUAUAAUCUGAUUAACAGUUAACUACAUCUGUGCCAAAUAAAAUAUUUAUACCACCCGCUACUAGUGCUUACAUGAAAGGUUAUGUUAUUAAGGUCAUGAAUGUUGCAUGUUCUAGGGAGUGUCUGGCUCUGUAGGACAUCUUAUCUUCAAUACAGCUGUCAAAAUACAUGUCUCAGAUAAACCUUGAGAACAGAUACACAUAUAUACUAUGCCCUUCAGUUAAUUACUUUGUUAAAGUGUUUAAAUGGCUUGAAAAUAUCCAAGCCCCCUUAAGUGUUUGGAAUGGGUUUUUAAGAAACAAAAGUUUACAGCUAGCGUGAGAACACAACUUAACCAGGGCAGCAUGAUGCAAUCAAUAAUGCAGUGUAUGGGGCACUGUGUCAAAAAUACAAUAGAGAAUAGCCCUUAUUCAGUCCUUGCACAGUCCUCCAAUCAAUCCUCUAGGAUAAAAGACCGACUGUGAUGUCUGCUAUUGUGUACCUUUUCAAAAAAUAAAGAAAUAAAUGAUUGCCACUUACAGUAAUCAUGGUUUUAUUGUCUUGUGAUGUAAGGUUGAAUUGUUUAUCAGACAUUCAUUGAUAUAAGUACUAUAUGCGUGGAAAGCAUGUGUUAGAUAUAUCUGACUCCAUUGUUACAGUUGAUCAAAUCAGAAUAGACCUGAUUCCAGUCGAGUGAGAUCCUCAUACUUCAUAGUACAAUGAAGUUAAUGUAAUCCAUGGAUAAACAGAACAGUUUUGUAAA